CAUGAACAAGCCGCUCAAUAGUCUCACGAGGUCUCCUAAUCAGCUGUUGAACAAGAAAUGGGAUGAAAAAGCAUACAAACUCCAUGUACAAUCUCUUAAAUAAAAUGAGGCCGAUGGUCAAUACAAAAUCUCCUCCUGGUCUCACUUACAAGCACAUUAAGAUAAAUACGAAGAGGGAUUAUGAAGUCAUGAGAAGGUAUAAUGAAAUCGAGAAGGAGAAUAUCCGCCUAGUAGAACUAGCCAAGAAAUAAAUACAAUUCUUUGUGCAGCCCUGGUAGGAAUAAGGCCAAAAAGAAAUCCCUGAAUGAUGAGUUCAGGAAGAAACAGCUGGUUAAGAUUACUUUAGAUAAUUUUAAGAUGAUGAAGAGGCUCAAGAAUGUUAAAUCUAGUAUAAAAGUAGAGGAAAGUAAUGGAAUAUUAAAUUUCAGAAGCUUGCAUCCGAAGAAUGGAGUUAAAACACGGAGGUAUUAUCCUGAUCACAAGUUGAGUUCUUUCCAAAAAUUGCCAAAAGUUAAUACUUUUGAACAAAAGGAAUUAAUAACUGAUCAAAGACAAAGAUGAACAUUUAUGACUGAACGAUCUAAAAAGCUUAAAACAACGAGAGAAGGUUUCAAUAUCACAAGAGAGAGCUAUAAUAAAACUCUUAGAAACAAGGACAUUCUUCCUUCUGAUUCUAUUCCCAUGGUUACCAAAAAGAGAGCUUCUUCUUAUCCAACAAGGGAACCUGAAACUUCAGAUCUCGGAGAAUACACAAAACAGAAAGAUGAGAGUACAACCGGAGAGGCUGAAGACUUGUACUCAAAACAAGAGGAGAAGUCUCUUCCAGAAGAGGAGAAGUUAUGAACUGAUCUACCUCCUGUAAGCCCAUUAUCUCCACAAAACCACCUUCAAGAGUCAGAAAAGAGUCCCAAGCUCUCUCAGAAUCAAAUUACAGAGAAGAAGGCAUUUAAGCAUGUCAGAAAGAAUUCUAUAACUAAAAAGCAGAGCUACAAAUAAAUCAGCCACAAUUAAGCAAAUAGCAGAGAGACAAAUAGUAAAGAAGCACACAGUUCAAGGAUCUGGGGGAGCUCUUAAUAAAGAGAAACCAGCAAAGCUAGUAAAAUUUCAGACAAUCAAGCAGCAUUCAGACUUGCUUGGAAGAGAAAAUGAGCAAUUCAAGGCAUAAACAAGCAGAUAGUGGAAGUAUUUACAUCGAAGGGUUGAAGCACGAACCAAGCAUAACAAAAUGAUAAU